GACUGCAGAUCCAAAGGAAAUUCAAUGUUUACGCUUUGGUGCGUGCAUCAGUAUGCUUGACCUGGCAGGCGAGUUUCUGCGUGUCUGUACUCGAAUUACAUUGGUCAGAAAAGUAGGAGGAUCCUGCAGCGAGUAGACUAGACUACAGCAGGGUACUGGUCUGGACAGUCUACCCUUGUACUACAUUGUUUUGCAUUUUGUCGUAGGGUGUUUUAAUAUGACCACGCCGUGAAAAUGCAUGACGUGUUGCUGGAAGAGGAGCGGGUCAAGUUCAGGCGUAUCGGUAGCGUGGGCUCAACAAUGUGCGUGCUUUAUAGCUGCGUUAGACUGUUGUUUUCAGUUUUAUAAUCAUCUUGUUUCACCGCUGGCUGUCAGGUCGCGCUGACAAGCCACUGUCGGUUUCGAUAGCAGAUAAGACAGCAUGCGAAGGGAGCUACAUGGACUGUAGACAUGGAGGGACCCGAAGCAUAUACUGAAACCAAAAACACCGUGGACUGUUUCAACAGGACGCACUCGGCUCUAACCGUGAAUGAUGUGUAUGAAAUAGCCAAACAGAUUGGCACCGAGGUGGAGAAACUUAUCGAUGGCUGUGGUAAAGAGAGCGUCGUGGGUCUGGUGCCGAAAAUAGUGAAAGUGCUGGAGCUGCUGGAGAGUUUCGCCUCAAGCAGCCAUGCUCACAAACUGAGGGAAGAAGAGCUGCUCAAGACCUUCGAGACGAUACAGCUGCAACAGCAGAAGAAACGUGCGGGGAAGGAAAGCGACGAGGCCAGUGAUAAAAAUGAAAUACGGGAGCUGCAGCAGAAGGAGCAGCAGUGGAAAAGGAGGUGUGAGGAGCUGCAGGUCCAUGUGCAGCAGCUCCAGGAGGACAGGGAGGAGCUGCAGAGCAGGCUGAAGGGUAGCUAUGCACAGGAGGACCGAGUCCAGCGCCAGGAGCGAGAGGUAAUGCUGAAGCUGAAGGAGGUGGUGGACAAGCAGAGAGAUGAGCUGAGGGCCAAAGUGCAGGAGAUAUCCACCAUCUCCAAAGAGGUGGAGGCGCUUCAGGAGCAGUUGGAUCGCUUCAUGAAGAUGAAUGGCGAGCUGCGACACAAGCAGAAUGUGCUGCAGGCCCAGCUGAGGAGCGCCGUGGAGAGGAAGGCCGACAUGGAGGCCGACCUGAAGGAGAAGAGCAAAGAGAUUGAAAACCUCCAAGCGCAGCUGGACAGAAGCAGCAGCAGCAGCAGCCCCUCCAGUCCAAGUCAAACAGCUCGUGAGUCAAAGAAAAAGUCGACGGUUGACCAGAAAGAUCCUGAUCAGCCGUGCUUCACCAAGAAGGAGGUGCGUGACAUCAUUUUCGAGAGGAACGAGCUCAAAACCAACCUGUUCCUGGUGCAGGAGGAGCUCAGCUACUAUCAGAGGGAGAUCCUUAACGAGGAGAGGUGCCCGGGUUUCCUAUUAGAAGCCGUCCGCUCUGCCAUCAAAAAAAGAAGAAAGCUCAUUAAGGCAAAGAUGCUGGGGAUUCCUGUGAACCAAUGCAGCAGCAGUGAUGAGGAGGAGAGGAGUUCCCCACUUGGGCAGACAGAAGUUGAUGGUCCAGACGCUGACAAACCAGCUGAGUCACGCAUUCGAAACCUCUUUGGUUUCCUGACGAGGUCGGGCAGCGGCCGGAGCCCCACCCACAUGAGCAACUCCGCCUCCAGCUGGGAGAUCAUCGGGGACUCAGAGGCCACCGAUGAGACGGAGCAGCGACCGACUUCCUGAGCCUGGUACUGACUACAGAGUUUUCUACAAUUUUGGCUCCGAUUGAUCUGAAACAGACCCCCAUCUGGUCUCAGUCACAACACAGCUUCUCCCUCCCUAUGGCUGAGGCUCAGGAAGAAGCUUACGAGGGCAUUUUAACGCUUCUCCAGUGUGUUCAACACAGAAGCACUACAUGAGUGCGAGAGAGUUUCCUUUUCAGCUUUCAUUUCUCUUUUUUGAUUUUCACUCUUGCCCCAAAUACCAUUAUUUUUCCAUAGUAUGUAUAAGUAAGUACAUAUGUAGUACUACAGUAUAUAUGGUACAGUGUACCACAGUAUUAAGAGUUAUAUUUUUCACCACGCCACAGUAAAGAUACAUUGUAUUUUGUAUAAUUGAAGUAUUAAUCCAACAAUCAUGUUAUUCUUAAUGGUAGAGAAAGUUUUUGUUGUGAUUAAAAAAAGAAAAAUGUGUUCUUACA